UGGAUAAUAUCUGGUGUACUCUGUUGUGUGUCGAUUAUCAUCGUCAUCAUUACCAUCAUCAUCAUCAUCAUCAUCAUUUCAAUCGUCGCCAGUAGUAGCAGCGGCUUCGACAAGCGCGGUAGUUUUUGGAACAAAACGGACCCCAUCAUUUCAGUUUCGGAACAGUCGAGCGCGAGUCGAGUGAAGUGGCAAUCCGCGUGUGUGUUAUGAUGCUCGUCGAUGGCACUUUAUUAUUCCGGCAGCAGCAAGCAACGAGUAAUUGCCGUACAUAAAGUUUAUUGAUUACCGGCCCACCUUCAAUCUUCUCCCAUCAUCAUACGUCCCUAUCGUCGAGUCCUGGAAAACGAUUUGACUUUCGGUUGGCGUGAGGCGAAAUAUCAAUUUCCCAACAGUAUAUUACGCGAUUCACUGAGAACGAUUUUAUGACCUAGUGGAGUGCAAUAGUUGCAAAAAAAAGAAUAACGUUAUGAAUAAUUAUGAGUGAUUGUUGGGUUCGAGUGAAACUAUAUAUUCAGUUGAAAUGAAGAAGAAUUGAGGAUAGAGGAUAUAUUGGAUAUGCCCCCAUCAUAACACAUUCACUAACGAGUCAGACAAAUUGAAGAAGUUCGGAACACAUCAAUCUCCUUUGCAGUAUGUUUCCGCAAUUGAAUUGAAUUCCCAUUUGCAAGCAUAGGUGAUAAAGGACAGAUCUCACAGUAUCAGCCGUGGCUUCCGUUGACCGAAAUGACACAGGCUGAAGAGGUGCGUGAAGUUAAUCAAGUUUGUAUAACCAACAUACCCGAUCUCCACAACCAAACAAGACAGGCACAUUGCAAAUCUACGCCACCGUCAUCGAUCUCUGCACAAACAACCACAUCGUUGGAAAUUGGUUGGAGUCUGCCGACGACAAAUGUUUUCACAACGACGACAAUCACUAGAGAAGAUGUCAACAAAUGGCACCCUCAUGUAUACGCAAAUCCACCAAAACAUCCAACGCCGCAUUCGAUUACGGAUAUUCUUGGAUGGAAGGAACCAGUCAAAAAAAUGUCCACCCAUUUUUUCACACAACCACCCAAUUUUAAUCCGCAAUCUGUGCCGCAAUCUUUCAACAGUAUUCCGAAAAGCGAUGAUCCCAGCGAUGAUCAACCGCUGAACUUGUGUAUCACAAAGCAUUCUAUCGCAUCCAUUUCAUCGGAACAGAAUUACGAGAAGAUUCCGGAUGAAGAAAUCACUCAAGAAUCCUUAGGGUCUAUUGGUCGCGAACGGACUCACUCCACGGAUGUAGAAUCUGAACACUACGGAUCGAAUGAAUCGCAACAUUCACUGAAAGAAACUUCGGCGCUGGUGUCUCACAAAAGCACGACUGGGACUUCGAAAAAGAAUAGUCGCCCGGAACCGCUUUCAGAUGGCAAAAGUGAGCACGAGGAUGACAGCAGUCAACCGGAUGGUACAAGUCGACGGAAGAAGAAGGCCAGAACUACUUUCACCGGUCGGCAGAUAUUCGAGCUGGAGAAACAGUUUGAGGUGAAGAAAUAUUUGUCAUCCAGUGAAAGGACGGAAAUGGCAAAACUGCUCAAUGUAACGGAAACACAGGUAAAAAUUUGGUUCCAAAAUCGCAGGACCAAGUGGAAAAAACAAGACGGUGAAACUAACACUACCACGGGAAGCGCAAAUCAUAUCAAAGAAAGCAAGGUAUCUAAAGCACCAUCUCUGUCUCCGACGGCGCAUUCAUCUCCGGUGCCGUCGUUUCCGUCGUCUUCCUUUCCAGACGAUAAACCACCACACUCGACUUCAAAAGCCGUCACUAAGCAUUUAAGCAAACCCAGUGCCAAAGUACGAUUUAAUCGUACCAAACUCGAUGAUCAUACUAUCGAAUUCACAAUUAGUGAGGAAGAGCCACUCAGAGAUUCCAGUAAUAACUUGUCACAUGAUCUAUCGUCUUCACCGUACACAAUAGUAGAUCGAAUUUCUCCCAACGUUGCAAACGACGUCGAAACGCGUAUUUCAGCAUCAAAAAUACCACUGGACGCUUUUUGUAGUGCAAGCAAUAUUUUACUGCAACCUGAUACAUUGCCGGCUAGCAGCCUGUCCCCCUGUCGUAGCUCGGCACAUGUGGACACGGGAUCCGUCGAUCGAUCAACUUGUUCUAAGGUUGAAGAUUUGUUCGACAAUAAAUAGAGGACCUCAUUUCCUCAAACUCAAUCGCAACUAAUCAUCAACCCUAGCAGCUUUCAAUCAUUGUGUGUUUAUGCGUGCAUUUUACAUCAACUGAUUAGCGAGUAUUGAAUACAAGUGAAUACGAAACAGUUGUUUAUAAGCCAUUGCGGAUCUUUUAAGAAUAACCACAUAAAUAGUGAACUGUGAGUUUGAAGUAAUAAAACCGAAGAUGUUUGGAAAUUGUACAAUUCUUUUAUUCAAUAUCCAUCUAUUAAUAGUAACGUGUUUCAUUAACAACAAUCUGUAUGUUUUUUUUUCUUCUUUAAAUUGCUGAUUCCUCUUACACAAGCGGGAAAACGAACGUAUUAUAUUGGCACUGAAUGACCGUACAAUAAAGACCUCUGGAGAUUAUUGAUGUUGGUCCCAUAAGAAUAAAGAUUCUGAGAUUAUUUGCUUUCAUCAUUUCAUUUUGAUUGACUUAUUUGAUUUUUAGCUUGUUUAACUAUUUUUGUGUUUUUUCUUGUUUACUACAUAACCUUCAACAAUAAUAACUAUAAAAUAAAAAAAGUGAUUCUUGUGUUAUCAGUUUGUGACAAUUGGUUAAGUUGAUUUCCUUGGACUAGUUUUAGUUUUGCGUUCAUGUGAUUACAUCUUAAACAGCUAAUCAAUGUCCUGUAUGAUGAUGUUGGGCUUUUUUUCAACAAAAACGAUGAGAAAA